CUUUCCCCUGAUGAAGAACAUUAGUCAGAUAGACCUCUUCACGGAUUUGCCUGAAAGUGACACACAAGACAUGCUUUGUCACAUUAAUCAGCUCGAUGAAAUCAGAUAAAGGUGAGACCUCCGCGAGGACCUGAACACAACACACUGAGAAGAAGAAGAUGUCUGAGGCAAGAAAGGAGCUACAGGAGACCUUGUGCCGCUACACCACAGGCACCCUCACCUACAUCCACACAGUGAGAGCAUUCUGUGAGAUGUUCUCUAAAUGGAUGCCCUGCAGAGACACCGAGGUAGAAAUGAUGAGGGAUAUCAAAGAUAGACUUGAAGCACUUGACCUAAACAUCAACCAUGUUACUAAGUCAGAGGAAAAAGGUAAAGCCUUUGUGGAGUAUAUGAAGAACAAGGUGACUGUGAAUGUAGACAGCAAGCGUGCAGAGCUGGAGAAAGAGCUGGUCAAAGUGUUGAAGGACACUGCAAGUGGCCUGGAGAGUCUCAGCAGCUUCCUGGAUGCAGUGGAGAAGCUGGCAGUGACCUCACUGCAUGUGUUCAAGGAGAACCAUGUGUUACACCUUCCACAAGGGAUCAGUCCUGAGUAUGUUCAGGCUGUCAUCAUGGCUGCACGACUGAUCUGUCCACUGCUGCUGGAGUUUAAAAGAGACGACAACGCCUUCUUCCUUCCCAAACUCCAGAAUGUGGAAGUGCUGGCAUAUCAGCUGGACAGAUACAUACAGACCUCCAAGAUAAUCUGUGAGAAGUUGGACAAAAGCUGCUCCAGUGACUUUGGUCUGAAGAUGGCUGUAGAAACUGUGGUUGAUCUUGAUGUGGAUUUGUCUGAGGAUGACAUACAGAGAAUGCUUGAUCACGUAAAUCACCUUGAUGAGAUCAGGAUGAACGAGCAGUUCCGAAUGGUGUUCUUGUUCCAGGAGAAACCGUGCCAUGGGUUCAUUAGUGAGUUCGACAAGCGACAGCCCACGAUGCUGCAGUUUCUAAAGGAGCUGGAGGAGACAGCUGUUCAGUUAGACAGAAUGAAUAUGGGGGCAAAGAUUUCCAGUGUGGCAGGCAGCUCUGUGGGGGCAGUUGGAGGUGUGCUGUCCAUUGUUGGUUUGGCAUUAAGUCCUUUCACAGCAGGAGUUUCUCUAGCUUUGACAAUGACUGGAGUCGGGUUGGGAAUCACCAGUGGAGUCAACAGUAUUGUUACCACUGCAACAGAGGUUGGAGUGAAUGCUACACAACGAAAGAAAGCCUCUGAAGUCUUCAAGAACUUUAUGGAGGAUGUACAGAGUCUCCAGAGUUGUCUGGAGGAGGUUACCAGUCAAACCAUCGCCAAACUGGACGCAGUUGACCAAAAUAUGGUUAUGGUUAUGGUUAUGGUAGUUGCCAAGAUUGCAGCUACAGCUGUUCCUAUUAGAAAGAGGAUUGGUGCACUUGUUGAUUUAGCUUCUGCUGUUAAGGUGUUACAAACUGAAGAGCUGCUCAUGAGUGCUGAGAAAGUCGUGGCUCAAAAAGGACAAGCGUUACGUAAUGCACCCAGGGUUGCCUCAGACAUCCCAGAUAUUGGUCAGGCAGCAGCCAAAGGGACCCUUGCACUCUCCAAGUCAGCAAGAGCAGGUCUCAUUGCACUUAAUGCUCUCUUCCUCGGCAUGGAUAUUUUCUCCAUCCGUAAUGACAGUAUUAGUCUGGCUAAAGGCAGCGAGACUGAAGUCUCACAAUUCAUCAGAGCCAGAGCUGCACUUUGGAGUUCAGAGAUCGACUCAUGGCAGAAGAUGCAUGACUCUCUGAAUAAAGGUUUGCCAACAUCAGAAAAAAAGAAGGCUGUCCUGGAGACUCCAAUUUAUCUGGAGAUGGAGGUGAAGAAACAGAGGGAAGCAGAAAGGGUAGAACCAUCUGCUGAAUGA